CUCACAAACCAGUUGGCAAGGUCAAGAGGACCAGCACAGUAAGAUGUGGAAGAGAAUCGACCAUCAACUCAAGAUCAAAGCAGGGGAUGGGCCUCAGACAGGCCAGUUCAAGGAACUGGGUCCAGCUCGGGAAGUCACCGUGCCACACCCUCUAGCGCUGUCAGAAUUCCAGAGCUUCCCUGUGUUUGAGGACAUCAGUCAUCACAUCAAAGAAGUGGGGGCCCAGCUGGUAAAGAAAGUCAAUGCCAUCUUUCAGCUGGACAUCACCAAGGAUGGGAAGACCAUUCUGCAGUGGACCAUUGAUCUGAAGAAUGGCUCUGGGAACACGUAUCCAGGACCCGCCAGGCUCCCAGCGGACACUGUCUUCACAAUCCCGGAGCCUGUCUUUAUGGAGCUGGUUUUGGGCAAAAUGAACCCUCAGAAGGCUUUCCUCGCUGGCAAGUUCAAAGUGAGCGGCAAAGUUCUGCUUGGCCAGAAGCUGGAGAGGGUUUUCAGAGACUGGGCUAAGUACUGA